AUGGCAUUGUCCCCUCUAGGGCUGUUGCUGCUAUUCCUGGUCUGCUGGACCCUCCUUCCUGGUCCAUCUGGGGAGGAGUCUCUGAGUCUCCUAGGAGCCAGAAACCACUGUGAAGGACUCCUGCAGGUGCAGUACCUCAAGCAGAAGGGCCCCAUGUGCGCAGACCAUUGGGACAUGAAGGCAGCAUCGGUGACCUGCAGACAGCUUGAUUGUGGCCCUGUGUUUUCAUCCCUCAAAUAUGUUGUGAGGUCCCGGGAGCUGGAGGUGCCCUGGCUGAAUGGUGUCCACUGCCAUGGUGAUGAGGCCUCUCUCUGGGAAUGCUCUUUGGGGGCCUGGGAGUAUCAGAGCAGCUGUGAAUGCCGGUGCGUGGUGGUGAUGACCUGUUCAGGUGGUACCUUGCAACAAAUUGGGCUAGGAGGUGGUGGCAGCCCCUGUGCUGGUAUUCCCGAGGUGGUGAAUCCAGCUGGUUUUGUCUUGAGAUGUGAAUUGUACAAGGAGGAGGCGACUGUCUUCUGCACAGAGCUGGGAUGUGGCACUGCUUUGCAAUGGUCCAGCGUCUACCCUGGAAUGGACCGUGAGGACCACUGGCAGAAGUUUGUAAGCUGCCAGGGAACAGAAUCCAGUAUUUUCAACUGUAAGAUCAACAUGAACUUUCUAGAGCAGUGUGACCUUUCAACAUACACUGAAGUAGUGUGCUCAGGACACAUAGAGGCCCGGCUGGUGGGUGGUGCUCACCCUUGCACUGGACGCCUGGAGGUGAGGCAGGGCCUGACCUGGGGCACCAUCUGUGACUCCAACCUGGACUUGACCACUGCACACGUGGUAUGCCGGGAGCUUCGAUGUGGUGUGGCUGUGUCCAUGCAUGGGGGCGCCCACUUCAGCCAGGGCUCCGGGAUUGUGUGGAAUGAAGCCUUCCGCUGUAUGGGCAAUGAGUCCCUGCUGUUCUACUGCCCACGGGAGCCUGGGCACCAGUGCGGACACAGCCAGGAUGCUGGACUCACAUGCUCAGGGGAAAAGUGCCGGCUGGUCAACGGCAGCAACAGCUGUGAGGGACAUGUGGAGGUCCAUGUGCAGGGAACCUGGGCACCCGUCUGUGCCACCCACUGGGACUUGGCAGACGCCACAGUCCUCUGUCACCAACUCAACUGUGGCAAUGUGGUGGCCAUACCCCAAGGAGGGCAUUUUGGGGAAGGAGAAGGUCCCAUCUGGCCAGAUGUGUUUCACUGCGUGGGGACAGAGCCCCAUUUGUUGAGCUGCCCAGCAAGCACCCUGGGGGCCCCGGCCUGUGCCCAAGGAAACAUGGCCUCUGCCAUCUGCUCAGGACGCCCCCAUGCCCUGAGGCUGAGGGACGGACAGAGUCACUGUGAUGGCCGUGUGGAGAUCUUCCUGGGUGACGUGUGGGGCCGUGUGUUGGAUGAUGCUUGGGACCUGCGCGGGGCACAAGUCGUGUGCCGGCAGCUCGGUUGCGGACUAGCUGAGCGAGCCUACGAUGCACCUUUCACGGAUCUGAGGCUGCAGAACUACAGCCAGCCAUGUGCAGGGAGGCUGGAAGUUUUCUACAAUGGGACCUGGGGUGGUGUCUGCCAGAGCCUGAGUGCUGCCUCCCUGGGAGUCCUGUGUGAGCAGCUGGGCUGUGGGCCCCAAGGGCAGCUGCAGGCCAGGGUGGGGAGCUGGCCUCUCCCUGGGGCUCUGUGGGUGGCCUCCAUUCAGUGCAGAGCCAGGCAUGACAGGACUCUUUGGCAGUGCCCCUCAGCCCCCUGGAACCAGCAUUCUUGCUCCAGCCAGGAGGAAGCCUGGGUCAUAUGUGCAGAAAAGACAGAUGUUCCUCAGGACCUUGAACAAACCAUAAAUUGCUCAUCUACAAACAGCUGCCCAGAGGAGGGUGCAUUGCGCCUACGCGGGGGCGAGGACCAUUGCUCUGGGCGCGUGGAGCUCUGGCACACAGGCUCCUGGGGCACUGUGUGUGAUGAUUCCUGGGAUCUGGCAGAUGCGGAGGUUGUGUGCCGUCAGCUGGGCUGUGGUCAGGCAGAAAACGCCCUAGGAAGUGCAGCCUUCAGCCCUGGCUCUGGGCCCAUAUGGCUGGACGAGGUGGGGUGCCGGGGCAGUGAGGAGACCCUGUGGGACUGUCCAGCCCAGCCCUGGGGACGUGGAGACUGCACACACAAGGAAGAUGCUGGUGUGCGCUGCUCAGGUGAGCCCCGCCUCUCACUGUGCCCCACAGGACCCAGCCUGGUCCCUCCACCAGUCCACAAGGCCUGGACCCUGCCAGAGACUGCCUGCCUCAUCCUUGGCUCCCUUCUGUGCAUCAUCUCCCUGUUCCUGGGGGCUCAGUGGUGCCACCGCAAAGCAGCCUGCAUGGGUUCUGUACUGUCGGAGACGCCAUCAGAGGGCGUCUAUGAAGACAUUGGAGCUGUCUUUAUGGGAGUGAAAGACACGAGGGCUGCGUUGCCUGGGGACCCAGUGCUGGAGGAGGAAUAUGACGACGUGGGAUAACCCGAGGACUGCUCCAGGGAGGAGGAGGAGGAGGAGGAGGAGGAGGAGGAGGAUGGGGUGCUGUCGAGUCCCACAGGUGGGGCUACUUGGAGCCUGGGCCCUAUAGCUCAGGCUGAAAUGGAAGACCGUGGCGACUCCUUGCCUGGCACGUGAUGACUGAGCUGCCUGUGGGAGACAUCAACGUGUCAAGAGAGUGGGAUAAACCAGAGAGUCUGGGGGUCUUCAUUGUUCUCAUUCUUAAAACACAUGUUAUUAAACUCCCU